AUGGUGCGGCUGACGCUGAUAGCGCGCACUCGGGAUGGGCUGCCUCUGGCGGAGGGCCUGGACGCCGACAAGGAGCAUGAAAUGUACUCGUACAAGUCGCAGGCAAAGGGCAUCCUGAAGAAGAUGGCUGCCAGCAGCAGCCGCCCGCCAGAGCGCAUGUCCAUAGAAUCGGGGCCCUUCACCUUCCACUACCUCAUCGACAGCGACGUCGUAUACCUGACUCUCGCUGAAAAGGCCUAUCCCAAGAAGCUGGCGUUCCAGUACCUGGAGGAGCUGCAGAGCGAGUUCUCGCGCCUUUAUGGCGGCCAGAUAGAGGCGGUCACGCGGCCGUACGCCUUCAUCAAGUUUGACACCUUCAUUCAGAAGACCAAGAAGCUGUACCUUGACACGCGCACACAACGCAACAUAGCAAAGCUGAAUGCUGACAUCGCGGAGGUGCACUCCAUCAUGACACGCAACAUCCAAGACGUGCUGGGCCAGGGGGAGCGGCUAGACAGGAUGACGGAGAUGUCCAACGCGUUGUCGCAGGACGCCAAGCAGUUUGCGGUAAAGGCCAAAGACCUGUACCACCAGGCCCUCUUUCGCAAAUACCUACCGCUCAUCAUCCUGGUAGCUGUGGCCCUGUUUGUGCUCAUCAUGAAGCUGGCCUUCUAA